AUGGAGAAGAUAUCAAGUGAUCCUCCUCAGCAGGAAAUUCUACGUGAUGCACCCGAUGAAGGGGGAUCGCCAUCUAGCCCUCCGGCCAGCACCUGGAAGGUGGUAUCUCUCACCAUUGCGCUAUGUUUAGGCAUCUUUUGCAUGUCGUUGGAUGUCACAAUCAUCACAACCGCAAUUCCUCGUAUCACCGAUGAUUUUGACUCACUAGACGACGUGGGCUGGUAUGGCAGUUCCUUUCUUCUUACAACCUGCGCCACUACUCUCGCCUUUGGUAAAUUCUACACAUUUUUCUCCACGAAAUGGGUAUAUCUAUGUGCCCUCUUUCUAUUCGAAGUCGGUUCUCUUGUUUGUGGAGCUACUCCUACUUCACUUGGUCUGAUUUUGGGUCGAUGCAUCGCUGGUGUGGGUGCUGGGGGGAUCUUCUCCGGGAGUCUCUUGAUGAUCGCUCAGACUGUUCCUCUGCAUCAGCGCCCAAUCUUCACGUCCUUACUGGGUAGUAUGUACGGCAUUGCCAGUGUCGCUGGUCCUCCAUUGGGAGGCGUGUUGACAGAUCGUGUCACUUGGCGUUGGUGUUUUUACCUCAACUUGCCCAUUGGUGCUGUCACUGCAAUCUUCGUCCUGGUGUUUUUCCAAGCCCCCGACUCAGUAAAACGACGUCCCGAAUUCCGCAAAAUGGUGGGCGAGCUAGAUCCUCUCGGCUCGUUCUUUUUCCUACCUGCCAUCGUCUGUCUUCUCCUGGCCCUCCAGUGGGGAGGCACUCAAUACGCCUGGAACAGUGCCCGAAUCAUCGCCCUUUUUGUUCUCAGUGGUGUCCUCAUGAUCGCCUUUGCGGCUGUUCAGAUUUACCAGAAUGAGAAGGCCACACUUCCACCACGUAUCAUUUGCAAUCGAAACAUCUGGUCAUCAGCCGGGUAUGCAAUUAGCCUUAAUGGUGCAUACUUUGUCUUCAUUUACUAUCUUCCUAUUUGGUUCCAGACAAUCAAGGCGGCCUCGGCCACCAAAUCAGGUAUAAUGAACCUGCCGAGUAUCAUCACAAUCAUUACCGUCUCUAUUGUAUCCGGUACUCUUGUCACCAUAUUCGGCUAUUACAAUCCAGUCAUGAUCAUGGCCUCUGUCAUAGCAACAGUUGGGGCUGGCAUGCUUACUACCCUGAGUGUAGACUCGGGGAGUGGCGAAUGGAUCGGCUACCAAAUUCUAUUUGGAAUAGGCAUCGGUCUCGGAAUGCUACAGCCAUUUAUGGUGGUGCAGAAUGUGCUAGACGAUGAAGACGUCCCGACUGGUACAGCGGUGGCAACGUUUGCGCAGACCCUGGGAGGUGCAAUCUUCAUUUCUGUGGGUCAGAAUGUCUUCCAGAACCAAUUUGCGCAAGCCAUUCACUUGGAAGAUUCCUCGAUGGAUAUCGCCGAAGUUCUUGCAGCUGGUACAACUACUUUACGCAAGAACCUUCUAGCUGAGCAGCUGCCAGCGGUGCUAAGAUCCUACAACACCGCUAUUACCCAGACCUUUUACGUGGGAGUGGCUUUGGCAGGGAUUUCCCUCUUGGGAACCAUCGCCUUGGAAUGGAAGUCGGUCAAGAGGGCAAGGGACAGCACACCACCUACACCCACCGAUGAUGAGGCGAGUUGA